CCUCUCCUGGGGUUCCGGGAGUAGGUGGGAUUCACUUCCGGCAGCAGGAAGCAGGGCCAUGGCUGCCCUCCUCCGAACUGUGCCACGAUUGCCAAGGACAGCUGCAUGGGGAAGGCCUCUCCAAGGGCUGUGGUGCUGCAGUGGGCAGGAUCCUAGGAGGUGGGUGGGGAGCAGGCUGCCCACCUCCAAGGAGAAACCAGCAGGCACAGAGACAGAGAAGUUUCAGAUGGUCUACCGGUUUGAUGCCAUUAGGGCCUUCGGGUACUUGUCACGUCUCAAGGUGGCUCAGACAGCCCUGACGUUGGUGGCCCUGCCACCUGGCCUCUACUGGUACUCCCAGGGCCUCAUGACCUUCAGCUCCCUGUGUCUCGCGGGCGGCAUAGCUGGCUUCGCGCUGGCCAUGUUGUGCUGGAUGAGCCAUUUCUUCCGGAGGCUGGUGGGCAUCCUGUACGUGAAUGAGUCGGGCACCGUGCUGCGGGUGGCCCACCUAACCUUCUGGGGCCGGCGACAGGACACCUACUGCCCCGUGGCCGACGUCAUCCCCAUGACGGAAAGCAGAGAUCGGCCUCAGGAGCUGUUCAUGCGAAUCCAGCAGUACAGUGGGAAGCAGACCUUCUACCUCACCCUGCGCUACGGACGCAUCCUGGACAGAGAGCGUUUCACGCAGGUGUUUGGGAUGCCAGAUGGACUCAAGUGAAGGGUCUCCUGCAGGAGGGCAGAGGGGGUGAGCGAGGCUGGAAAAGGGGAUCCGACAGCUGGAGACUUUGCCAGCAUCCCUGGGAACUUAUCUUUUGGAAUGAGGAAAUUCACAGGAGAAAACCUAGUAGUGUGGUUACUACGCCUGAGUGCACAUUCUUAACUGCACUUGUGUACGACAUUCAGAUGAUGGCCAGAAGUUUCUGUUAAGAGCCAAGCCAGUUCUUGGAGGAAUCUAUGCCAAGUUCACUCAAACUGUACAAACACAGGUGUGGGAGGAGCCAAAAGGCUUGGGUCUGUCUGUUCUCAGAGCUCCGUCCUAGGACAGAUUAUUAAGUCUCUUGGAACCUUGGUUUUCACAUCUGUAAAAUGGAAAAAUCCUCCCUGUCCCCUGGGAUGGUGUGAAGAUAAACAAUAAAUGUCACUGUUAGUUUAGAGGUGAGGGUGCCCAGAAAGGCUUCCAGGCAAUCGGGAGGGAUUUCCUGAGCCCUGGGCUGCACCCUCUGGUGGACCCAGCAGCACGGGGGACUGGGACGAAGCCUACAGGUGGGUCAUUUCUACCUGCCAGCAGGUCAUUGCACAGCCACUGGGACAGGGGUGUCGUCCAGGCAAGCUCACCACCUGGAGGUCUAGGGGCUCUCAUGUAGGGAGGCCUUGCAGUGUGAUCAAGUCCGUGAACUCGGUGCUGGUGCGAUCCUUUACAAACUAAAGCCAGCUAUAUGCAGUGCCCCCUGUAGUUAGUAAUAUAUGUUUAGUAAUAUAUUUAUCAUAUAAUUUAUAACAGUAAAGAGGAAGUCGAUCUUUAUGAUUCUCACUCAAAAGUCAAUAACUAAAUUUUGUUUUGUGACCUUCCAGUCUUUUUUCACUGUAGUAAAAUAUAAACAUAAAAAAUUUAUCCUUUUAACCAUUUUUAAGUGCACAAUUAAGUGGUAUUAAGUGUAUUUACAAUGUUGUGCAACCACCACCACUCUCCAUCUCCAGAACUUUUUCAUCAUCCCAGCCACUAACUCUGUGCCCAUUAAACAGUAACUCCCCAACCCCACCUUUCUCCAGUCCUUGGCAGCCAGUAAUUUGCUUUCUGUCUCUGGAUUUGCUUAUUCUGGAUGUUUCAUAUAAAUGGAUUCAUAUACUAUAUGGCCUUUUAUGUCUGGCUUCUUUGACUUGGCGUAAUUUUCAAGGUUGAUCCAUGUUAUGUCAGAACUUCAUUCUCUUUUUAUGGCAGAAUUGUAUAUGUGUAUGUUACACCUUGCUUAUCUAUUCAUCUGUUGAUGGAGUUUUGACUGUUUCCACUUUUGGCUAUUGUGAAUAAUGCUGCUGUGAACACUGGUGUACAGAUGUCUGAGUUUCUGCUGUCAGUUCUUUUGGGUAUUUUCUGAGAAAUGGAAUUAAUUACUGGACCAUAUGGUAAUUCUACAUUUAACUUUUGGAGAACUUGUCAGACUUCCAUAGUGGCUGCAUCAUUUUAUAUUCCCACCA